AUGAAUGAAUUGAUAUGGAUUUAUCCAUUUUUGCCCCCUGACCUUUGGUUUAUACAUAUUUAUGAAGAGGCUAAACUUGGUGAAGUUACCCUCCCAUUCAAUUUCAAAGUUAACGACAUGUUUAAUUACAAGCUCGCACAUAGAAGAAGCAGUAAUAUUUUAUGCAAUUGUAGAAUAGAUAAUACUCGUAUAUACAAACUAUAUAGUUCAAUCAAUAGAUUAUUAAUCAUCCUUCACACCACAAGUCAGAAGGUAGGCGCUUCCAAGGAAUCAGACACACAAAAGAGUGAAGAGGAAGCACACUUUCUUAUCAGUAGAGUAGUGUUGGUUUUAGCAAUCGAUAACACACAACAACAAGAAGAACCAACAGUGGCCGGCGAACAAACAACCCGUUACAGGAGUAAUGAUUCGUCCGUGCCCGGCGGUUGUGCUUCUCUUUACCCGGGUUCGAGGUUCGUAGGCGUACAAAGGAGUGCCAAAGCCUCUUAUCCUGUGCACAUUGAUAUAAAGGAUGUCGAUUUUGAUAAUUCAAUACUAUCAGGAUACUUGACGAUAUUGGGAUUGACUAAAAAGUACCCAGUAUUGACUACCUUUUUCGAAGGAGAGAUUGUCGAUGGCAAGCAUUAUGGAUUCCUCACGCGCAAGUGGGAGGCAAAUGCCAAGGUAGAUCUCGAUCACUGGGGUAGGUUCCCAGAGUUCCAAACCUAUGCAGACAGCUUCAAUCGUGACGAUUUCGAAUCGUCUCUACUCAAAAGCAGCGAUACUUUGUUUAUGCGAUGGAAAGAGAGUUUCUUUUUGGUUCCAGAUCAUCGCAUCAAGAAUAUCGAGGGGGCAUCAUACGAGGGGUUCUACUAUAUCGCUUUGGAACGUGCAACUGGAACAAUUAGAGGUUUCUACUAUCAUUGUUCAAGUGAACUAUUUCAAACUAUCAUUUUAGAACAUGAAACUGAAUCUAGUUUUCCUUGUUUUGAAUUUAGAUAA